UCUCUUUCUUUCUUUCUUUUCUUUCUUUCAUGUUUCUCUGUGUCUCCCUCUUUUAUUUCUUUCUAAUACUGUAUUAAAUUUUUUAGACACUUCGAAGUUUUACAGGUUGUUGGAACAUCUCUUUGAACUCACUCACCGAGUAUCUCAGAAGUUGGUCCAAUCACUUCCUCUAUCUUCUUCUUCCUUUCUCUGAACAACUUAAGUUUCUACGGGAAACAUGUGUUUGAAUUUUAGCUUCUUCUUCUAUUUGUUAUCCAUUUGUUAGAUGUUGAAGCCUGGUUUUCGAACUACCCACCUUGUUUUUCUCCAAUAAAAACUCUAAAGACUGUUAAAGUGCCGCAGAGAAAAUGAGAUUACUCAGUCCAUUUCAGCUUAUUUGUGUUAUUUUGGGUGCCCUGUUUGUUUCUUCAGAUUCCAUUGCAUCUAAUGAAGUAUGGGCACUUACAGCCUUCAAGGAAGCUAUAUACGAUGACCCAAAUUUGGUUUUAUCAAAUUGGGAUGCCCUAGAUGCAGAUCCUUGCAGCUGGGCAGGAAUUUCUUGUUCGCCUGGGCGAGAUCGUAUACUAGCUCUAAACCUUUCCAGUUCAUCUCUUAAAGGAUUUCUUGCACCAGAAUUGGGAUUAUUGUCAUCUUUGGAAAAACUGAUUUUGCGCAAGAACAAUUUUCUUGGGACGAUACCAAAAGAAAUUGGUAUUAUGAAAAGCCUUAAGGUCUUAGAUUUGGGAUUCAAUCAGCUUUCAGGGCCUAUUCCUCCAGAGAUUGGGGGUUUGUCAAGUGCUACAAAAAUACAUCUUCAGUCGAAUGGAUUGACUGGGAGUGUGCCUGUUGAGUUUGGCAAUUUGGGGAAUCUUGUUGAACUACGGCUGGACCGAAAUAAACUUCAAGGAACUAUUCCUGGAAAUAGCAACUUUCAGUCUGUCCUGAACGGGAUGAAUGUCUCGGAUAGCAAUGCCAAUGGUUUCUGUCGCACGUCGCAGUUGAAAAGGGCAGAUUUCUCGUUCAACUUUUUUGUUGGGGGAACACCCUCAUGUCUAAAAUUUCUUCGGAGAUCAAGCUUCCAAGGGAAUUGCUUCCAGGACAAGAAUUCCAAACAGCGUUCCACUCAGCAAUGUGGCGGUACUUCACAUGCAAACUCCCUUCCAGUAGCAAAUCCAGAACAUCGACAUUUCGGGAAUGUGUCUAAGCAUCUGCAUGCAUCUAAUAAACCUGGAUGGCUGUUAUCCCUCGAAAUUGUAAUAGGAAUUGCGGCUGGCUUUCUUCUUCUCUUUGCUAUUUUAACAGCUGUGAAAAGAUGUAAAAAUCAGUCUCGUGUUGUAAUACCCUGGAAGAAAGCAGCCUCCAUGAAGGACCAGAAGAUUAUAUACAUCGAUUCCGAUCUGCUUAUGGAUGUGGUUAGGUGGAGCAGACAGGAACUUGAAGUAGCCUGCGAAGAUUUUAGCAACAUUAUUGGCUCAUCUACGGAUAGUCUGGUCUAUAAGGGCAUCGUAAAAGAUGGUCCGGAGAUAGCUGUAAUAUCCCUGUGUGUCAAGGAAGAGAAUUGGAUUGGCCAUCUUGAGCUUUCUUUUCAGAGAGAGGUUGCAGAUUUGGCAAGAUUAAAUCACGAGAAUAUAGAGAAGUUGCUAGGCUAUUGCAGAGAGAGCAGCCCAUUUUCGAGGAUGCUAGUCUUUGGUUAUGCCUCAAACGGGACACUAAGCGAGCAUCUUCACUAUGGGGAAGGAUGUCAUUUAUCUUGGAUCCGGCGAAUAAAGAUAAUUAUUGGCAUUGCUCGUGGCCUAAGGUAUCUGCACACAGAAAUUCAGCCUCCAUUCACGGUAUCUGAGUUAAACUCAAGUGCUGUUUACCUUACAGAAGAUUUUUCUCCCAAGCUAGUUGAUUUUGAAAAUUGGAAGACAGUACUAGCAAGAUCGAAGAAGACCACAGGACCAAGUGGAAAUAUUUCUUGUAAAUUUUCAGAUUCUGUACAAGCCCGUCAGUUGGAUAUUCAAGGGAACACAUUUUCAUUUGGAGUGCUGUUACUUGAAAUAAUUAGUGGGAGGCCUCCGUAUUGUAAAGAUAGAGGAUAUUUGGUAGAUUGGGCUAAGGAGUAUCUAACGCAACCCGAAGCAAUCUCAUAUGUGGCAGAUCCUGAGUUGAGACAUUUCAGAUACGAUGAUCUCAAAGUGUUAUGUGAAGUAGUAAACCUCUGUAUCCAUCCCGAACCUUCAACGAGGCCUUCGAUGCAUGCAGUGUGCAACAUGCUGGAGAGUAGAAUUAACACCACAAUAACUUCGGAAAUGAAGGAUUCUCCUUUGGCGUGGGCUGAGCUUGCAAUAUCAUCAUAACUACAAAUGAAGCUAACAAACUUGUAAAUCUAACCUACGUUUACAUGUGUAGUUCCUCAUAGUUUUUUUCAAUUAUUUCGUUUGUAUUAUCAUUUGGGUUCAUAAUAACUAAACAAUAAGUAUAUGGACUACAAAAACACUAAAAAGAAGAUAUAUUUCAGUGUUUACUAUGGUUCGACAGGAAAAUUGAGAUAAUUUUCAUUU